AUGUUGUCGAAUAUUUAUCGUCACCAUACUGAACGAGUUUCAACAUUGAAACAAAGACAAGAAAAGAAAAAGAAAGAAUUACUUGCUUCAAUCGAUCAAUUGACGCGUCAUGUGCUCGAUCGACUAAAUGACGAAGUAUCGGAAUGUUAUAAGAACGAAAAACGUAUCGAUCAAGCUUGUAAACAGUUAACAGUACAAUCGAAUCUACUUUCCAAACAAUCGCAAGCAUGGAUCAAUCUCAUCGGACAGUUUACUGUUGCGUUAAAAGAGUUAGGCGAUAUGAAGAAUUAUUCGAGAAUUAUCGAACGAGAAUGUGCAACGAUUACAAAUACAUUGGCAACCGUUCAUCAGGAUAUGAUUGUACAGCAACAGCAAAAUCGACAAGUGGAAACGAAUGCCACACCUGAUAAUUCUUAG